AGGCUUGGGAGAGCAACGCCACUAACGGCACAUAUCCGAGCUUGUACCUUUGGUUCCUUUGAUAUUAAGGAAUUUCAAGUAACGUGAACAGACCCUGAUGUGCCAAAUAACAAACUGUUGGAGAUCUUGCUGCUAGAAAAUUGGUAACAAAUUAAAAAGAAAGAGAUAAAAGAUAGACUGAAACAUAACUCGAUGAAUGUGUAAUUGUAUAAAGAAAUUGCUUUAUCAUUGUUUAUUACGUUGAUUAACGUUGAUGUAAGAAUAUCGCAUGCAAAUGGCUUCAACGAAAAUUGAAUUUGCGGUACAUAUGACAUGCGAGAAAUGCGUUAAUGCAAUUUCUAAGAGUAUAGCAGAUCUGGAGGACAUUCGAAAUGUUGAUAUAUCAUUAGAAUGUGGCACUGUCACUCUUGAAACAAAUCUAUCUUAUUCCAUCAUACAGGAAAGAAUCGAAAGAACUGGAAGACAGGCAGUGUUGAAGGGAUACGGAGAUGGAUCAAGUGCUGUGGUGAUGUUGAGUGGAAAUUCAGGAUAUAGCAUAGGUAAUCUGAUCAGAGGGGUUAUAAGAUUUGCAGAAACUUCAGAGGGAUGUAUCAUAGAUGGUACAAUUGAUGGUUUGACCCCUGGUGAGCAUGGUAUGCAUGUACAUGAAUGCGGUGAUAUAUCUAAUGGCUGUGAAAGCGUAGGCGAACACUUUAAUCCAAAUAAUUCACCACACGGUAGCCCUGAAAACGAUUUGUCCAAAAGGCAUGUUGGUGAUCUUGGCAAUAUCCUAGCUGACACUUCUGGCAGAGCUGCUUUUCGGAAGAUAGACAAGUUUCUUAAGAUACCUGACAUCAUUGGCAGAUCUCUCAUUAUUACUAAGGAUCCAGAUGAUCUUGGAAGAGGUAAUAGUCCAGAGUCCAAGAUAAAUGGAAAUAGCGGAGCUAGAUUGGCUUGCGGUAUUAUAGCUAGAUCAUCCGGAUUGUUUCAAAAUACAAAGAAGAUCUGCGCAUGCGACGGCCUCACUAUAUGGGACGAGAGAGAUCGGGCGCUUGUGAACCAUGAGCGUUAUCUCGAAUAUUACGCUUUACAUGACAGUUAUUUAGUAAUUGACGGCAACAGUGUGUGUUGUCAAUUGUAUACUUGGUAUGCGAGAUGCAAUUGUGCUUUUGGUGGUGAUUAUGACAAGUAUGCGCAAAGUGUGAGGGAUUUUUUUGAUAAACUCCUAAAAUGCAACGUUACUCCACUGGUUUUGAUUGAUGGUGGUUGUGAAGACAAGAAGCUGAAAACAGUUAUAUCUCGAACUAAACAGAAGAUUGAGAUUGCAUCAAAUUAUACUUUAUCUUCUCAGCAUCGGACCAAAUUUCUUCCUCUACUUAUGAGAGAGGUCUUCAAAGAUAUCAUGAAAGAAAAAGGUAUUAGAUAUGCGCAGUGUAUAUUUGAAGCAGACAAUACAAUAGCUGCGAUAGCACGCAUUCUCAAUUGUCCUGUAUUGAGUUAUGAUUCUGACUUCUAUAUUUAUGGAUCAUUAUACAUACCAUUCAAUACAUUGGAAACUGACAUAGUGCCUAACCCAGCAGGCAGAGGUUACAUAAAACGCUGCAAAAUUUAUUAUGUUGAUAAACUUUUCCAGAUUUAUUAUGGAUUAAACCAGUCUUUAUUGCCCUUAGCAGCAGUAUUAUUAGGAAAUGAUUAUGUGAAGCAGCAUAUGUUUAAAAACUUUUUUCAUCAUCUGCCACGAUCAAGAAGGAGGAGAUGUAACAAUGAACAACAACGACGUAUAGACAUGACAUUUGAUUGGCUACGAAGACGCAGUUUAAAUGAAGCUGUUAUAGGAAUACUAAGGAGAUUACGAAAACAAGAACGCAAACAUGUUUUACAUACCAUAGAAACGGUAAUAAAUAGUUAUAUCAAUGCACCAUUGAGUGUGUUAUAUACACUAAAUAUUCCUGCAGAAAUCUUUUCGAGGGUAAAUAUGCAGAAUACAUCCAAGAUUUAUAAGUUUGAAGGUGAUAUAUAUAAUUUGACAUUUAUUGACGAAAGAACAAAUGAUACAGAAUUAAGUGAUGGGGAGGAAAUAGAAGAUAGAGAAAUAACAAACAUACUUGAAGAAAAGAAGUUGAUUUCUAAUGAGUCUUUGGUUGACAAUUUACCUCAGUGGUUUAUUAAUGAAUUUAAACAAAGUAGAUUUCCUUCCUAUUUUAUAGAUUUAAUAAUAAGGAAGUUGUAUGUUUGUCCUGCACAAAUUGAAGAUUCUUCCUGCAUCUCAUCUAUUGCUAUAAGUUCAAAAAUUAUAAGUGUUAUUUAUGGAUUACUGAUAUCAGGAGUUCAGGGAAGGAAAUUCAAUAUGGAAUAUAUUACCAGAGACGAAAAUAAGAAAAUAAAGCGUUAUCAAUUGGAAUAUAGUGACAAUAUAUUUGGUUGUAAACUACCUUCUUUACUCAAUUUAAGAGAAAUAUCCAUUGUCAUCAGAAGAGAAAUUUUAAAUACCACUUUGACAAUCUUUAAUGCAAAAUAUAUGAAUGAAAUUCCAUCAAUUUGGAUGUUGUAUAUUGCCACCAUGAAGUAUUGGAUUGAUCAACAAGAGGAACCAUCUAAAUUCAAUUGUCAUGUAUACUCUUUAUUAUUUGCUUUGUUAUUUAACUUAAUAGAUUGUAAUAUAGGCUUUUAUAGAAUCUUAAACAAAUUUUAUCAGAGAUUUAAUAGAAUUGUAGACAAUAUUCGACACGAAAGAAGAAUGAGAAAUUAUCGACCACAGUAUUCAAUUGAUGCUACACUUGCAGAUGCCAUUCGCGAAGUUGAUGCUAACGACUGCUUAAUUGCAGCUCCAUUCUUUAUAUCUAAUUUUGAAAUAGAUCAGAAACUGCAUUUGCAACCGAAAAAAUUUAAUAUCACAAUUGUUCAUGGUUUUGCAGAGUUUCAAAAUUGUUUGAGGCAUAGCAUGAACUUAAAUGCAUUAUUGGGAUAUCCUUAUGAACCAACUAGAGUUGCUAGUGUGUUCAAUGGUACAUUAUUGUAUAAUUUAUGUAACAAUUUUAAAAAACGUGACAAUGUUGAAGUUUAUAUUAAUUUAAUUUUGCAAGAUUCCCCGAGUUUAUCGCGUCUAUUUAACAUACUUUUAUUAAAAGUCAAACCUUUGUUUAAUACUACACUAGAAAAUAAAGCCGAUAAAUAUAAGAAGCAAAAAGUAAAAAGAUAUGAAAAAAGAUAUGAAAAAAAGAAAUGUAUUUCACACGAAGAAAAUCAUGACGAAGAAAAUCCACCACAAGAAAGCACCAGCGAAGAAUUUUACGAUGUAAACAAUUCAUUUUCUGUACUUGGUACCACACAGCAUUAG